AUGUCGCGCGUCGCGCCGGACGACGACGACGCGCGCGCGUCGCCGACGUGCGCCGUCUGCCUCGCGCGCCCGGACGCGCGCGACGUCGCGCUCGUCGUGGCGUGCCUGCACGCGUUCUGCGCGUCCUGCGUGACCAAGUGGGCCGAGUUCACGCGCGCGGGGGCGCGGACGCGGUGCCCGCUGUGCCAGGCGUCGUGCGAGCGCGUGCUGGUGCGACGCGCGCUGGACGGACGCGCGCUCGAGGACGGGGGGAUGCAGGAGGAGUCGCUGUGCCUGCUGCGGCGCGCGCGGUGGGCGACGAGGGGACGCGAGGGCGAGGGAUGGGACGACGGCGACGAGGACGGGCGAGACGGGAGCGACGGGAGCGAUGGGAGCGAUGCGCUGGAGGAGGCGCUGAUGCGGGGGCGCGCGCGAAGGCUGGUGCUGGGGAAUCGAAAGUUUGGUCGAGGGGGGUUCGUGUCGAACGGAGGCUCGAGGAGCUACGCGCGACCGACGGCGAGCGGGCGAGGGAAAGAGCCGGCGGCGACGGCGGCGGCGAAGAAGAAACCGCCGAAACACGACGGGGAGGCGUCGGCGUCGCCGGCGUCGGCGCCGAGGGCGGUCGGGGACGAUGGACGACGCGUCUCGGCGCGGUCGACGUCGCCGGGCAAGCUCGGUCCGAAGAGCGCGAAGCGGGCGGAGAGCAAGCAGAAAAAACAGGAGAAGGAAGCGGCGAAGGCGGCGGCGCGCUUGCGUCGACGCGAAGAGGAGCACGCGGCGAAAGAGGCGCAAAAGGCUGCGCUCGCGGCCAAGGCGCUCGAAGCGCUCGAACUCGCGGCGUAA